GGGGAAGCGGGCGCAGGCCUGGCCUGCCCGCCCCGCCGCCGUGGGGCGGGGCAGAGGACACUCACGGCCUUUACGAGCCCUCCGUAAACAAAUUCCGUGGAAGCGGAAUCUCGCAGACCGCGGACCAUCUGUCAGGACGGUGAUGGGCAGAGCAGGUCGUAGAUGAGGGAGGAAGGUCAGUGCUCGCGGCCCUCGUCUGGGUUGCGUCCCAGAGAAAUUUACUGAUCAACUCUGGAAGAUGAAGUUUGGGAGGCUCGGCGUUCAGUGAUCCGUUUUGAUGGUAGCAAACUGUUCAUCGGACAUGUGAGGAAUCCAUAAAACUCUUCAACAAAAGGGAGCCAUGACUUUCAAAACGCACCUGGGACAAGAGAGGGCAUUCCGCACCGUUGUGGUUUUACUGGCCUAUUUGGUAUGUAGAGUGAUUUGCGAAACAGGAGACUGUAGACAGCAAGAAUACAGAGAUGGGUCUGGAAAUUGCGUUCUCUGCAAGCAAUGUGGGCCAGGCAUGGAGCUGUCUAAGGAAUGUGGCUUUGGCUACGGGGAGGAUGCCCGGUGCCUGACAUGCCGGCCGCACCGGUUCAAGGAGGACUGGGGCUUUCAGAAAUGCAAGCCGUGCCUGGAGUGCGCGGUGGUGAACCGCUUCCAGAAGGCCAACUGCUCUGUCACCAGCGACGCCGUCUGCGGGGACUGCUUGCCAGGAUUUUAUAGGAAGACAAAACUCGUCGGUUUUCAAGACAUGGAGUGUGUACCUUGCGGGGACCCCCCGCCCCCUUACGAGCCACACUGUACCAGCAAGGUCAACCUCGUGAAGAUCCCGUCCACGGCCUCCAGCCCGCGGGACACAGCCCUGGCGGCCGUGAUCUGCAGCGCCCUGGCCACCGUCCUGCUGGCCCUGCUCGUCCUCUGUGUCAUCUAUUGUAAGAGGCAGUUCAUGGAGAAGAAACCCAGCUGGUCUCUGAGAGCACAGGACAUUCAGUACAACGGUUCUGAACUGUCAUGUUUUGACAGACCUCAGCUCAGCGGAUCUGCUCCCAGACCGUGUUGUAAAUGUCACCGGGACUCGGCCCAGACCUGCGGGCCGGUUCACUUGAUUCCCUCCCUGUGCUGUGACGAGGCCUGCAGCAUCGACCGGGUGACUCUGGGCUGUAGAGUGCAUUCCAAGACCACUCUUCAGGAGAGACACGCAGGUCCGGUGGGGGAGACCAUGCCCACUUUCUUCGGGUCCCUUUCAAGGUCCAUCUGUGGCGAGUUUUCCGAUGCCUGGCCUCUGAUGCAGAACCCCGUCUGUGGUGACGACCUCUCUUUUUGUGACUCUGAUCCUGAACUCACUGGAGAAGACGUUCAUCCUCUCAGUCCGGAAAACCACUGCUCAUUCUCCUCGGAUUCAGACAGUCGUCAGGAUUCGGUUGGUGGAGCUGUUCCAAUUCAAGCUCGUCCUGAAAACUUGACAGAUGCCGCUGAUUUCUCUAGACCUCACAGCUCACUGACGGAAUCAGUGCUAACUCAGGCUACACUGCCUGCCAGAAGCCAGCUGCAUCAGGAGAGCGGCGACAUGAUCGGCCUGACCGCUCAGACGUCCCUCCAGGAGAAGAAUCCGGAUGGAACCCAGCAGGCACUUACUCCUCCGCUUGGGCUUACGGACUGAGCACUGUCUGGACCUUGCAUGGCUUCUGGAGGGAAAGAAAAUAAAUCUGAACCAAACUGAUGGCGUUUUAAGCCUUUCAACCAGUUGCUUCUGAGCCAGACCAGCUGUAAGCCGAAACGUCAAGGAAUAACAAGCAAAGACUCCAGGCACUCACGAUACUUUGCAUCUUUCCUGAACAAGAAGCUUCUAUGCCACAAGCGAGACUUCAAAGACUGAUGGGUUGAGUUUGCAGCCUACGAGAUUAUGAGCAUGUAACAAGAAACAGAAGUGGAUUCAUGCGUAUUUGCAUGGCGAAUGUGGUCUUACCAGACGGAAGACCCAGGGUGUAAGUUUUCGCUGACGUUUGCUCUCCAGAAAUAAUUUCAUAUAGCCGCUUACCCUGUUAAAAGUCAACGUCAGAUUGGUUUCCUUAGUUUUUAUGGAGAGUGGUUCCAAACUGAGCGCGCGUAUUUGAGGAAGCUCACGUUUUCGUCGUCUGAUUAGUUUAGGAGGUAAGAACGGACUUGCACGCCACCUGCCUACAUCAUGGGUCUGUUAGGUGAAGUGAACUGGCCCGACUAGGUAUCAGGAGAGCAAGUCUUUGCUGGAGUCGACACGAGUAACCUCGGCCACUGGUCUCAGGGGCCCUGCUAGACCCAGUGUCGAGAGGGCCCGGGCUGGGAACGUGGUCUUUUCACUGAUUACCCGCCUUGCAAACCACUGAGCACACCUAUCCUAGAGACUUGUGUGCACUGAUUAACAUACUUCUGCGGAAAUCAGUCGGUCGGAAGCAUUUGUUACUUCUGUCCCUGUGACUGGGCUCAAAAGAUCCAGAAGCUGUCCUUUACACAAAAGUGGUAUUUGUAAAGAUAAUGUUCUUUUUUUUUUCCUUCCCAUCCUCCUCACCCGCCAGUGUCCUGCCUCUGACAACCACCAGUCUGUUCUCUGCACCUGUGAGUUGGG